AUGAACGUACCUUAGGAAAUCGCAACUAAAUACAACUUUUUAAAGCAGUAAACAUUUGAAAGUUUAGGGUUAGUUUUUACUCCAGGAGUUGUAACAUUUGUCCCAUUGGUUUCACCUUAAUCUAAUCCAAGUGGUGCAUCUUAUGAUAACCCUAAUGGCUAUCAAAGCAAUAGUAUUUCAAAUUUAAAUAGAUUAAUACUUACUUUAGACUACUAAUCGACAGGAGGAGUAAAAAGAAAUCAAGCCUCCGAUUAAUAAUUAUUUACUUAAAUAGAAGAAAUAAUGAAGAGUAUGACAGAGCAUUUGGCAAACAUGACUAAGGGUAUAGUGUUAGAAGAAGAGAAUUCUUUUAUUCAGGACUCUUUAUCUAAGAAAUUUCUGGAGUCAUUGCAGGUUAAGGACUACCACUUUACAUAAUUGCCGAGAGAAUUCAUGUAGAGAGUGGAUUCAAUAAAGAAUGAAUUCGAUUCACAGAUAAGAAAGCUGAUUGACCACUUCAAUCAUCAGAGAGAGGAAAUAAGUAUUUAAAAUGACAGAAAGAUUGAACUGCUUAAACAAGAGAGCAAUAAAUAUAAAAACGAGGUCUAAAGUAUUAGGAAUCAGGUAGUUAGACAGUGCAUGUGCAAAUACUAUGAAGGUAAUAUGGAAAAGCUAAAAGAUGAACACUAAAAGCACAUCAAUAAACUCAAGUAAAAGUAUGAAAACGAGAUAUUUGAAAUAAGAACAAAUGGCAAGAAUCAGUCAAUGAAUGUGGAGUUAUUCAGAGACAAGAUAUUUACAGACUUGAGGAUGAGAGUAUUUGCAUAUGUGCAAGAAAAGAACCAGAAUUAUAUAAAUGCCUUCUGUGCUGAUCACAAUGUCAAUACAACACAGAUAGACCCCAUAGAAUUGAUAUUCUACAUUUGCCAAAGAAUGGAAGGAGACAAUAACUGGUUAGUUGAUAAGCUGGCUGAAGUGUAGGAAGAGAAAAGACGCUUGUUAGAGAGUUCGCAGAUUGAUCGACAGGAGGAGGAACUGUUAAAUGGUACAUUGUUUUAGGAGAUUAUAGAAUAGACAUAGAAAAGCAGUGAAUUUUUCGCAUUCUUUGAUUAGUCCAGAGGAGAUCUGAUAUCCACACUUGAGUCUGAUUCAAACAACCACAAAUCUUAUAAUUAACUAUUAACUAGUUAGACUAAUCAGGGAAGCAAAGAAAAUAUUCCUCUGAAAAGAAACAGCAAUUACUGCAGUGCAGCAAAUCUCAGAGAGUCGCUACAGUCUGUCAGAAGUGGCUCUCUUAAUAAAAGUUAAUCAGGCAAGAAUCUAAAUUUGAAGUAUUAGUAAAUCAUGAAGAUAGGCUAAAGAGAAGAGGAGGUAAUGAGUAGUAACAACAAUGGAAGUUAAGAGAUGUAUGCUUCUGGACAUCAGUCGCAUAAUAAGAUGCUUGGAGAGAGUAGUGAGUUUCUAAAUGAAUACAAUAGAUGA